CUGGACUUUCUCAUCCAAUCCCGCGUCUCUCCAUUUUCAUCGGAGUGCGAACCAUGGCAUCUGCAAGUAACGGAGGUACUCCGCUGCCGGAAGAGGUGGGCAAGCCGCCUGAGGGCGUGGUCUUGCCACCCAAGGACAUUCGAGCUAUCGUCGAGAAAACGGCCGGCUAUGUCGCUCGAAAUGGUGUCGUCUUCGAAGAUCGCGUUCGUGAAAAGGAACGGAACAACCCCAAAUUCUCCUUCCUCAACCCCGGUGACGCCUACGCUCCCUUCUACCAAUGGCGUCUUGUCGAGAUCAAGGAAGGACGAGGAACAGCAGUGGCCGCAGGCCGACCAGGCGAAGCAACCCCCGCCGCUGAACCCGAGAAACCUAAGGGCCCCGAAGAACCGCCGGAGUUUCACUUUUCUGCACGGAUGCCCAUAAUCAAUGCGCAAGAUCUGGAAGUCGUGAAGCUCACGGCCCUAUUCGUCGCCAAGCGUGGAAAGUCAUUCAUGACCGCGCUCUCCCAACGAGAAACCAGAAACUUCCAGUUCGACUUCCUGCGCCCGCAACACAGUCUCUACCAGUUCUUCACCCGACUCGUCGACCAAUACACCAUCCUCCUCCGCUCCGAAGGAAUCGAUGCCGCCACAACAGAGAAGAAGCGUCUCGCCGACCUCGAGCACAAUGUCCAGAACAAAUUCCACGUCCUCGACCGCGCCAAGCAACGCGCCGAAUGGGUCAAAUACCAAGAACAGCAGAAACAAAAGAAGGAGGAGGAGGAAGAGCAAGAGCGUAUCGCAUACGCCCAAAUCGACUGGCAUGAUUUCGUCGUCGUCGAAACCGUCCUCUUCACCGAAGCAGACGACCAAGUCGACCUCCCUCCCCCAACCUCCCUCAACGACCUUCAAUCCGCCUCCCUCGAACAAAAAGCCAUGAUGUCUCUCAAUCCUCUCCGCAUCGAAGAAGCCAUGCCCACCGAAGAGGAAACACCCAUCUACUACAACGCCUAUCCCCAACAACAACCCGAACCCAUCAUCCCCGCCGGCCCCGCCUACCCCCCUCAAGGCCUGCCCCCUCAACAACCCAUCGUCCCCCCACCCAUGUCCACCGCCGCCCAAGAAGAAGAGCAAUACAUCCGGGAACGUAUGGAAGCACGCGAACAAGCGGCCGCCGCCAAAGCCGCCGCCGCUCAACAACCCCAACAACAACAACAACCGAUGCGCAUCCGCUCCGACUACGUCCCGCGAGCCCAAGCGCGCCGCCAAAACCCCACAGGCGCCACAGCGCUCUGCCCGAACUGCCACCAGCAGAUCCCCGUCGGCGAACUGGAACAACACAUGCGCAUCGAGCUGCUCGAUCCCCGCUGGAAGGAACAACGCGCCAAGGCCGAAUCCCGCAGCGCGACCACCAACCUCUUCACCGUGGACGUGGUCAACAACCUCAAACGUCUGGCCAGUCAACGAAGCGACGUAUUCGAUUCCGCUGCCAUGCCUGGCUCUGGGGCUGUCGAUCCGGAGGAAGAGGCCCGGCGCAAGAAGAUGGCUGUCGAAGGUGCCGUGCCUGGUUCGGGACCUGUGCCGCCGCCUGUUGUCGGACCUGCUGGCGCGCCUCCGAAUCCUCAGAGUAUGAAUAUUGAAGAGCAGAUUAGGCGCAUUCAUGAACGGCAAGCUAUGACGAGGAAAUAGAUUAAUCGUGUAUUUUCUGUUUCAUUUUUUUUUCUUUGUUUCGUGACUCUUUCAUGAUGUGUCUAUUUGGGCCCUUUCCUUUUUUUUUUUUCUCUCUUCAUAUUUACACUUUUACCUGGCAUACUGGGAAUUAGGAUCUAUCGUUAUAUUGUCUACUCAGGCGUUUAUUUGCAGUCGAUGAAGGAGUAUGUAUACGUGGUUGAUAGGUCUUCUUUGAGGCGAGACGUGUGUCGUCUACACUUCAGUUGUAAAAUCUUGAUAACAUUUCAUGUUUGA